CAGUGGAUCACCAUCGUGGUGGUGGACUGUCAUCGUAGCAGAUCUGUACUGGAACAACACUUGAUUGCCAAACACGUCCUCGGACCUUCAGGCUUAAGUGGAGAAUUUGUAAACUCUCGCGUUGUUAUGGGAGGAGAUUAUAAACCGCUGCUCAUGCGAUUUACUGCAUCUAUUUGCUAACUAAAAGCUUUGUGGAAGGAAGAAACCGGAUAAACUGCCCCUGUCGCUCAGAAUAGACCAUUGAAAAGGUGUAUGUGCUACAAUUUUUGAAGCACCCAUCAUGGAUGACGAACUGAUGUUCAGCAUGGAGGAGGAGGGCAGCGCCCAGAGACCCUCUUCCCAGAGAAACGGCUUCAAACAGCGGGCUUCGUCCCUCAGCGACGCCAACGCCAGCGAGGACGAUGAUGACGAAGAAAACUUCAUCUCACCCAUCUUGGGUGAAUCUGCUAAAGAAUCCGGCAACUACCUGAAAGACUUUGCUUACAACCGGCAGCUGUCAAACUCACUUCCAAAGACCAACUUUCUAUACAGGCAUGAAACAGAAACCGAAGCAGAGCAUCGAUCGUACACUGUAAUGUCUGAGAACGCACGGGCGGCGUGGAUAAAGGCGAUUGAGAAAGCCCGAGCCAUGCCUGACCCCUGGGCGCAGUUUCACCUGGAGGAGAUUGAGACUGAACCCUGCAUUCGUUACAGGUACAGCGCUGUCACAGGGGAAUGGGCUCAAGACCAGAUCCACAUCAAGAUGGCGGCACAGCCCUUCGGGAAAGGAGCCAUGAGGGAGUGCUUCAGAGCCAAGAAGUUGUCAAACUUCUCACACAGCAGCAACUGGAAGUCAGCGUCAAACUAUGUGGCCAAGCGCUACAUGGAGACCGUGGACAGAGAGGUUUACUUUGAAGACGUCCGGCUGCAGAUGGAGGCCAAACUCUGGGGAGAGGAGUACAACCGGCACAGACCUCCCAAACAGGUGGACAUCAUGCAGAUGUGUGUGGUGGAGAUGACAAACAGGCCGGGAAAGCCUGUCUUCCACCUGGAGCAUUACAUUGAGGGAAAGUACAUCAAGUACAACUCCAACUCUGGUUUCGUGAGGGACGACAACAUCCGGCUGACUCCACAGGCCUUCAGUCACUUCACCUUUGAGCGCUCCGGCCACCAGCUGAUCGUGGUGGACAUCCAGGGAGUCGGAGAUCUUUACACGGACCCUCAGAUCCACACAGAGAAGGGAACAGAUUUCGGAGAUGGGAAUCUCGGUGUGCGAGGCAUGGCUCUGUUCUUCCAUUCCCACCUGUGCAACAAGAUCUGCAAGAGCAUGGGCCUGACGCCUUUCGACCUUUCCGAGCCGGAGUCGUCCCAGCUGGACUGUACCAACAAACUUCUGAAGUCAGCCAAGACGGUGCUAAGAGGCUGUGAAGAGGUCUGCGGCUCGCCACGUGUCCGCACCUGGUCUGCAAGCCGGGUCCCUCCCCUUUUGUCCCGCUUGUCUGAUCCCUCAUCCGCUGACGAGAGCGCGAGCGACGUGGACUCUAUCCCCUGCUCGCCUCUCACCCUCCCCUUUUCUCCUGUAGUGGCUCCUGGAUCCAUGGGCAGAUCCCCCUCUGGCCUGUCGCUCUCUGGAAUGUAUGAACACGACAGGCUGAACAAUAACACAGCUGAUCACAGGGAGUCUGAGAGCGGCGGAGACAGCGGCUACCCCAGCGAGAGGAGGAGUGAAGGGGAUCCUAAUGAUCACAUAGACGGGGCCCAUCACCGCUACCACAGACCUUACUCUGAGUCGGAUGACGACAGCAUCAGACGGAGGAAGAUGGCUCCUUUAAGAGUCUCAGCAAACUUAUACUCACAAAGUCCAGCCAAUGAAGGGAUGACAGACGAGAAGUGGACCUUCUUCCAUUCAUCUCGUGCCCACGUCCACCGUUCUUCCUGCGUGGCCACCGAGGUGGAGCGCCUUAACGCUCUGAUGCAGAAAAAGAUUGGCCAGUCCAUCCUGGGAAAGGUCCACCUGGCCAUGGUCCGCUACCACGAAGCGGGUCGGUUCUGCGAGAAGGACGAGCAGUGGGAUCAGGACUCAGCCUUUUUCCACCUGGAGAGAGCUGCCCUGUGCGGAGAGCUGGAGGCCAUAGUAGCCUUGGGAAAGUGUUACCUCCAGCUGCCUCAUCAUGUCCUUCCAGACAUGGAGGUGGAGGAUAACGCUGGUUACAGGAUGAAGGGAUUUAAGUAUCUGCUGCAGGCUGCUGAGGCUGGAGACAGAUCUUCUAUGAUCAUCGUGGCCAGAGCCUUCGAUACUGGAUUCAAUCUGUCUGCUGACAGAAAGCAGGACUGGGCUGAAGCGAUCCACUGGUACGACAGCGCUCUGAACAUGAUGGACUAUGAUGAAGGCGGGGAGUUUGACGGCACGCAGGACGAGCCGAGGUACUUGCUGCUGGCUAGAGAGGCAGAGAUGUACCAAGAGGGAGGCUUCAACCUCACCGCAGAUCCACAGAAAGCAGGGGAUCUGUUUACGGAAGCUGCAGAAGCUGCCAUUGCAGCCAUGAAAGGUCGCCUGGCUAACCAGUACUACAUGAAAGCUGAAGAGGCCUGGGCACUGGUCGAAGAGUAGUUAUGGAGACCGAUUGAAGCCUGGGGCAGUUUAUGAGUCACAUGGAUUUUUACACGUUCAGCAUUUUACCCUGAAUAAUGAUUGUUUACAUAUUUUUACGACAGACUUUUUGCUGUUAGCAGUUUUCAUGUGUGUGUGUUUGCUGAGCCAUUGACGAUCAGAUUUCUCUCUGCUUGUUUUCCUCUUUUUUUUCUGAAGCUAAUCAUCCUGUCUUCCUUUUUUUCAGCUAAUACUCGGACCCUUGUUUUAUAAUUUAAUUCAAAAUGGUUGUGUAAAUAAGAAAAGAAAAAAGGUCUGAAGAAUCUGAACAAAGAUAAAUGUUUACUUAUUUUCCCCUCUAAUGUUAUUUAAUUAACGUUGGAAGAGCUUAUGUAUAAAGAUAUAGAGUAUGAAAGUAUAAAAUAAAGUUUGCCUUG